AUGGCGCACCGUUCAAGAAGCUCGCGAGAUUAUCCUAGCGGCCAUGGGCACCGCUCAUCGCGAGAGCGACAAUAUACCACCGAGAAGACGACGCGCCGCGGCGACGACGAUCGCCGUGAUAGAUCCAGACGUCGCUCGGAACUGCCGCAGUACAAUCACAAUGGCCAUAGGGUGACCCCAGGCCUUCAUCCAGAGGGCGAAAGUGGUAGAAGGGGGUUCAAUCCAAUCAAAUUUCUUGUCAUCUCUGGCAGGAGUAGCAGCACGCCGUCCAUGCUAGUCAACUGCUUGUGGCCUAUCGUACCCAUUGCGAUCGCAUUCCACUUUGCGAAACCUGAAUGGCAUCUGGCAAUCUUCAUUACCAAUUACAUUGCUAUGUUGCCGUCAGCAAACAUGCUCGGCUUUGCUGGCCAGGAGUUCUCGCGCAAGAUGCCCAAUAAGGCUUUUGCCGUCGUCCUCGAGACAACAUUCGGUUCAAUCGUUGAAAUCAUUCUGUUCAUGGUCUUGAUAGGGACAUCCAAUGGCGACUCCAAUGUGCAGGUUAUUAAGGCUGCCAUCUUGGGAUCCAUUCUUGCCAAUCUGCUCCUCUGUCUCGGAACAUGCUUUAUCUUCGGCGGUCUCAAGAACGACCACCAAGAGUUCCAUCCUGCUGUUUCUGAGAACGGCAGUGGCUUGAUGCUUGUCGCUGCUACGGCACUGGUACUUCCUGCUGUCUUUUACGCAUACCUCUUCCAGAAUCCUGACUACAAUUUGACGACCGUCAACAUCCCAUACAACACUCGUCUGAUUUCCCGUGGCGUAGCCAUCAUAUCAAUCAUAGGCUACUUGGUCUACGUGUACUUCCAAACCGUAUCCCAUGAUGGUCUGCUCCACGAAAUUUACGAGGCGGACGAUCACAAGGACAAGGACCGCCACGAGGAGUUGGCGAAGCCCAAGCUUACCAUGACCGAAGUCAUCGUCGCCCUUCUCGUCUCCUUGACUUGCGUAUCGCUUGUCGCCAUUUCCCUCGUCCUCGAGAUCCCAUACAUUGUAGAAGAGCGGGGUGUCAGUGACGCCUUUGUCGGUCUUAUUCUUAUCCCACUUGUUGAGAAGAUCGCUGAACAUCUGCUCGCUAUCGACGAAGCCUACGACAACCAGAUCAACAUGGCUCUCGCUCAUGUUCUGGGUGCGUCUAUCCAGACUGCCUUGUUCAACGCACCGCUCGUAGUACUGGUUGGCUGGGGUAUCGGUGUCGGCAUGGACUACAACUUCGCAAUCUUCGACGCGGUCGCUUUGAUUCUUGCCGUUUUGGCGAUGGUGUUCGUGAACGUCAAAUGUCCCAGUUCCACGUUGGCGCUAAACCCCCUGCGACUAGCCUUGCGCACCGACCACCGCACACAUUACGCGAAUUAUCGAGCCGUCCUACCGACAUUUCUACUCUCCAGCGUCAAUCCAACUAACCCGACAGCCACCGCCCCUUCCCACGACAACCUCUUCUCCCAGCUCACACAACAAGUCGCCAAAAUGGGUCGCGUCCGAACUAAGACCGUCAAGAAGUCCGCCAAGGUCAUCAUUGAGCGUUACUACCCCAAGUUGUCGCUGGACUUCGAGACCAACAAGAGGAUCUGUGAUGAGAUCGCCAUCAUUGCCUCCAAGAGGCUCCGAAACAAGAUUGCCGGAUACACCACUCACUUGAUGAAGCGUAUCCAGCGCGGUCCCGUUCGUGGUAUUUCCUUCAAGCUCCAAGAAGAGGAGCGUGAGCGAAAGGACCAGUACGUCCCCGAGAUCUCCGCUCUCGACUUCACCCAGAACAGCGAGUCUGGCUCGCUCGACGUCGACCAGGAGACCAAGGACCUCCUCAAGUCCAUGGGCGUACUUCGACAGCAUCCCCACCAACGUCAUUGCCGUUUCCCAACAACAAGUUGUCGAGCGCGGUCCCCGCCGCUUCAACGACCGCCCCGCCCGCUCGUAGAUACGAAUGCGCAAGCGCGACCCGUCGGUCUCCCUUCUUCCUCCUUUCUCGGCUUACUGAAAAUAUGGUGUCUGGGAAAGGGUUUCUGCCACGACUAUGGCAUGGUUUUACGGCUAUAUACGGCGGCAUGA